AAACAAACAAACAAAAAAAACAACCUUAACUCUUUUUUUGUUUUGUCUUUGUUGCUGUUUUUGAAACAGUUUCCCUGUUAGCCUUGGCAGUCCUGGAACUCGCUCCUACAGACAUCUGCUUGCCUCUGCCUCCUGAGUGCUGGGAUUAAAGGCGUGCGCCGCCACCGCCCGGCAAAGCCUUAACCCUUUAUAAUAUGAAUUUCUUCUAGUCCUUGAACAGAGAACAUUGUCUCUCAAGCUCUCAAAUAGGCUCAUCCUUUUUACCUAGCUAACUUUACCUAUAGGUCACAGGGCACACAUUCCGGGACCACCCUACCUAACCCUGCCCCAACCCGCUCUGGGGCAGGUGUCCCUCUUCCCCACAGCCCUUGCACACGCCCACUGUCUAAUAGGGCGGGAGAUGGCUUUGACCGCGGCUGCGUCUCCAGCACCUAGGACAGGGCCUGGCACCGAGGAGGCGCGCAGGGAGGUGAACUGGCGAGAAAGGGUGCGCCCUUGGGAAGGCCGCCCCAAGGGUCGCCUAGGUGGGGAGGGCCAAGCGUGCCCUUCCCAGGGUGUGGUUCAACUGAGCCAACCCCAACCUCCACCACCCAGAGGCCGCACAGAGUCCCUUCCGGCCCGUAGGAGCCGGAAGUGGAGCUUAAACUUCCCUUGAUGCUCCGCGCGGCGUCUAUUUUAACCGCAGGGCGACUAAGCAGGGGAAGUAUGGCUGCGCCCGGGCCAGAGGCUCCCUCUGAGCUGCCUCCUGCGGCCGCCCCCGAUUUGGAUUGGUAUGAGAAGUCGGAAGAAACUCAUGCUCCCCAGGUAGAUCCUGAGAUCGUCAUCACGUCAGCCCAGGAACCUUCCAAUUCUUCGGAGCCCUUUUGCCCAAGAGACUUGGUGCCGGUGGUGUUCCCUGGGCCUGUGAGCCAGGAAGGCUGCUGUCAGUUUACUUGUGAACUUUUAAAGCACGUCAUGUACCAACGCCAACAGCUCCCUCUGCCCUAUGAGCAGCUUAAGCACUUCUACCGAAAAUCUUCUCCCCAGUCAGAGGACACCGCAAGGAAGAAACCUCGGAUCGCCACUGAGGUGAGCAGCAGGAAAUGUCAACAGGCUCUGGCAGAACUGGAGAGUGUCCUCAGUCACCUAGAGGACUUCUUUGCCCGAACACUAGUACCACGAGUGUUGAUCCUUCUCGGAGGCAACGCCCUCAGCCCCAAGGAGUUCUACGAACUUGACUUGUCCCGGCUGGCCCCCUUUAGCGUGGACCAGAGCCUGAGCACAGCGGCUUGUUUGCGUCGUCUCUUCCGAGCCAUCUUCAUGGCCGAUGCCUUUAGUGAGCUGCAGGCUCCUCCGCUCAUGGGUACCAUUGUCAUGGUACAGGGGCACCGUGACUGUGGAGAAGAUUGGUUUCGACCCAAGCUCAACUACCGAGUGCCCAGCCGGGGCCACAAACUCACUGUGACGCUGUCCUGUGGCAGAACUUCCAUCCCAGCCGUGGCUUCUGAGGAUUACGUUUGGUUCCAGGCACCCGUGACACUUAAAGGUUUCCAUGAGUGACUGAAUGAGGACAGUGGCUGAAUUCUCCCCUCUGCUGCCAAGGCACCCAUCUCUUGUUUGGAAUUGAAGCUGCUUCCUGGUGAGGGAGGAAGGCUCUGUCCCGGCAGUAUGCCUCCUCUCCCCAGACUGCCUCGGGACUGAUGCCUGAACUGCACAGAGUGGAGCCUCUUGCCCCCUGCCACAGAGGAGAUGGCUACGCAGACCGCUGUGGUGAGUGGCCGCUUCAUGGGGGAUCCCUCACACGAGUAUGAACACAC